GCCCCUGGUCGGAAGCCACGGCUCUAAUACCAAAAGCCCUUGCACACAGACCCGGAAGUUGGAGAGCGCGGAGCCGAGGUCCCCGAGCGGCGCCUAAGCUUCCUUCUAGAACCUCUGAAGACUCGUGUUGCCUGAGAAAGCCCUGAAGUUAAGGAAGAGGAAAGAAAAGGAGUGAGGCAUGGCUCUUUCUCAGGAACGACUGACCUCUGAGGAUGUGGCCAUCGAAUUCACUCAGGAGGAGUGAGAAUUCCUGGACCCUGCUCAGAGGGCCUUGUACAGGGAUGUGAUGCUGGAGACCUACAGGAACCUGCUGUCUGUGGAUAUCUCUCCUACACAUGUGAUCAAGCAUUUACAACCCAAAGCGAACAGUGAGAAACUAGAAACAUUCCAAACAUCGAUGCUGGGAAGACCUGAAAGCUGUGAAAUCAAACAUUUUCAUCUUUGGGAAAGUCAGGAAAAUAUGCAUGACUUUGAGUGUCAGGGGAGAGACGACAAAAGAAAUUACAAAGGGACACCUGUAAGCCUUAAUGGAAAUGUGCCUGAUGGAAGAGAUUCGCAUCAUAGAAAGGAUGCAGGAAUCAAGCCCUUUGGAAACAGACUUGGAUUUAACUUUCAGGAUAAGCUGCAGAUAUUUCAAACUAGUGGGAUAAUUUCUGAAUAUAAUGAAGCUAAGAGGUCUGUCAACAACAGUUUCUCAUUUUCACCACUUCAAAGAAUUCCUCCUUGUGUCCAACCCAGUGUUUCUAAUAUAUAUGGGAAUGAUUUUAUGAAUCCUUCAGUAAUAACACAAGAACUCAAAGCACACAAGGAAAAACCUUACAAAUGUGAUGAGUGUGGCAAGACCUUUCGUGUAAAGUCAAUCCUUUUAAGUCAUCAGACAGUUCAUACUGGAGAGAAACCUUACAAAUGUGAUGAGUGUGGCAAGGCCUUUACUGACAGCUCACACCUCAGGAGACAUCAGAAAAUUCAUACAGGAAAGAAAUUAUUUAAAUGUGAUAUAUGUGACAAAGUCUUCAGCCGAAAUGAACACCUUGCUGGUCAUCAGAGGGUUCAUUCUGGAGAGAAACCUUACAAAUGUGAUGAGUGUGGCAAGGCCUUUACUCACAGCUCACACCUUAGGAGACAUAAGAAAAUUCAUACAGGAAAGAAAUUAUUUAAAUGUGAUAUAUGUGACAAAGUCUUCAGUCGAAAUGAACACCUUGCUGUUCAUCAGAGGGUUCAUACUGGAGAAAAACCUUACAAAUGUGAUGAGUGUGGCAAGCACUUUAGUCAACCUUCACAGUUCACAAGUCAUAAGAGAUUUCAUACUGGAGAGAAACCUUACAAAUGUGAUGAGUGUGGCAAGCAGUUUAGUCAACCUUCACAGUGCAUAAGUCAUAAGAGAUUUCAUACUGGAGAGAAACCUUACAAAUGUGAUGAGUGUGGCAAGGCCUUUCACGUAAAGUCAAUCCUUUUCAGGCAUCAGACAAUUCAUACUGGAGAGAAACCUUACAAAUGUGAUGAGUGUGGCAAGGCUUUUACUGACAUCUCAAACCUCGGGAGACAUCAGAAAAUUCAUACAGAAAAGAAAUUAUUUAAAUGUGAUAUAUGUGACAAAGUCUUUAGCCGAAGUGAACACCUUGCUGGUCAUCAGAGGGUUCAUACUGGAGAGAAACCUUACAAAUGUGAUGAGUGUGGCAAGCACUUUAGUCGGGCUUCACAGUUCAUAAGUCAUCAGAGGGUUCAUUCUGGAGAGAAACCUUACAAAUGUGAUGAGUGUGGCAAGGCCUUUCAUGAAAAGUCAAUCCUUUUAAGGCAUCAGACAGUUCAUACUGGAGAAAAACCUUACAAAUGUGAUGAGUGUGGCAAGGCCUUUCGUGUAAAGUCAACCCUUUUAAGUCAUCAGACAAUUCAUACUGGUGAGAAACCUUACAAAUGUGAUGAGUGUGGCAAGGCCUUUUCUGACAGUUCAAGCCGCAGGAGACAUCAGAAAAUUCAUACAGGAAAGAAAUUAUUUAAAUGUGAUAUAUGUGACAAAGUCUUCAGCCGAAAUGAACACCUUGCUGGUCAUCAGAGGGUUCAUACUGGAGAGAAGCCUUACAAAUGUGAUCAGUGUGGCAAGGCCUUUCAUGAGAAAUCAAUCCUUUUAAGGCAUCAGACAGUUCAUAUUGGAGAGAAACCUUACAAAUGUGAUGAGUGUGACAAGGCCUUUCGUGUAAAGUCAAUCCUUUUAAGGCAUCAGACAGUUCAUAUUGGAGAGAAACCUUACAAAUGUGAUGAGUGUGGCAAGGCCUUUCGUGUAAAGUCACCCCUUUUAACUCAUCAGACAGUUCAUACUGGAGAGAAACCUUACAAAUGUGAUGAGUGUGGCAAGGCCUUUCAUGAAAAGUCAAUCCUUUUAAGGCAUCAGACAGUUCAUACUGGAGAGAAACCUUACAAAUGUGAUGAGUGUGGCAAGGCCUUUCAUGAAAAGUCAAUCCUUUUAAGGCAUCAGACAGUUCAUACUGGAGAGAAACCUUACAAAUGUGAUGAGUGUGGCAAGGCCUUUCAUGAAAAGUCGGUCCUUUUAAGGCAUCAGACAGUUCAUACUGGAGGGAAACCUUACAAAUGUGAUGAGUGUGGCAAGGCCUUUCAUGUAAACUCAAUCCUUUUAAGGCAUCAAACCGUUCAUACUGGAGAGAAACCUUACAAAUGUGAUGAGUGUGGCAAGGCCUUUCGUGUAAAGUCAACCCUUUUAACUCAUCAGACAGUUCAUACUGGUGAGAAACCUUACAAAUGUGAUGAGUGUGGAAACGUCUUCAGUCAAAAAGCGCAUCUUCAGCUUCACUGGAGAAUUCAUACUGGAGAGAGACCUUUCAGAUGUAAUGAGUGUGGCAAAUUCUUCAGUCAAAAUUCACACCUUAAAAGACAUUGGAGAAUACAUAUAGAGAAACCUUUCAAAUAUUUCGAGUGUGGAAAAUCCUUUACUCAGGUCUCAGCACUCACUAAACAUCAGAAAAUCCAUACAUGAGAAAAACUUAUGUGAAUGUGGUAUAUGGUUGCUGCUGCUGCUGCUAAGUUGCUUCAGUCGUGUCUGACUCUAUGCGACCCUAGAGACGGCAGCCCACCAGGCUUCCCUGUCCCUGGGAUUCUCCAGGCAAGAACACUGGAGUGGGUUGCCA